AUGGCAGCAACUCCAAAUGCCCCUGCCCAGGCGACUGAUGCUGUCUCCAUAGGGCAAGCAACAAGGGACAAGGCGCCCUCGGACCCGACAACCGAUACUGAACAGCCGGACUCUCUGCAGGAAGAGAAAGACAAGUCACUUCCACCAGACGGCGGGUAUGGCUGGGUAUGUGUGGUCUGCAAUGGUUUUAUUAAUGCUCAUACGUGGGGACUCAACUCAACGUAUGGCGUUUUCCUUGGCCACUAUCUCAGUUCGAAUGCCUUCCCGGGCACGUCCCCCCUCGCCUUCGCCUUUAUAGGAGGACUGUCGAUCAGUCAGGCAUUGCUCGUUGCACCGCUAGCAACUUAUCUCAUCAGUCGCACCAGCAUACGUGUGUGCCUCAACGUCGGCAUCUUUUUCGAGACCCUGUCACUACUCGGCGCUUCAUUCUCAACUGAACUCUGGCAACUAUGCCUGUCCCAGGGCGUCUGCUUCGGCUGGGGCAUGGGCUUUUUGUUCACAGCAUCGGUAGGAAUACUACCACAGUGGUUCCUCAAGCAUCGCAGCAUCGCCAACUCACUGUCCGCCUCGGGCUCCGGGCUAGGUGCGAUGAUUUAUUCCCUCGCCGCCGGACGCGCAAUCCAGACCAUCGGCCUUCCGUGGACGUUUCGCAUGUUGGCAAUAUGUGUCUUCAGUGUCAACAUCGUGGCUGCAAACCUUUUACGUGACAGGAACAAGGAGACCGGCGCUCGGCACCGUGCAUUCGAUGUUGGUAUUCUGAGGCGACCAGAAUUCCUCUUGGUACUCGGAUGGGGCUAUUUUUCUAUGCUGGGAUAUGUGGUUGUUGUUUUCUCCAUCCCUGCUUACGCCACGCAGAUCGGGUUGACCUCGCAGCAAGGCUACAUUUUGAACGCUAUUGUCAACCUCGGACAAGCCAUAGGACGGCCCGUGAUAGGCUUGACAUCAGACCGGUUUGGCAGGAUCAACCUAGCAUGCCUCUACAGUCUACUGGCCGGCGUGGCCAUUUUCUGCUUCUGGAUUCCGACCGAAGUCGCUCCUGACUCCUAUGCUCUGCUUAUUGUCUAUGCAAUCAUUGGCGGUGGCCUAGCAGGGACCUUCUGGACAACAAUCGCUCCCGUGAGCGCCGAGGUCGUCGGCCUAAAGGAUCUGCCAGGAGCCUUGAGUCUGACGUGGGUAAUGCUGGUUCCCCCAACCACCGUCAGUCAGCCCAUCGCGCUGCAGCUGCGCAGCUUGGGCCAGCAGAGCUUCGUGUAUCUGCGGCCGCAGCUGUUCACUGGAUUCAUGUAUGUCGGUGGAGCGGCGUGUCUGCUUGUGCUUCGCGGAUGGAAGAUUGGUCAGGUGGAGGAGGUUGAGAGACGGCUGAGAGAGGAAGUGAAACGGAAGCAGAGGUCUGUGCUUGUGAAGGCGGAGGCGCAUCAACGCGAGCGCCGGCGCAUGGACGACUCUGGUGCCAGGAAAGAGACAGAAGAUGGUGCAGAUGCGAUUUGGGAGGCAGCCGCUGGCGAAGAGGGGCCUAUUAAGGUUACAGCAGCUGUCAUCGAGAGGGUGGGCACGCAGGACGAGGUUAGGAAAGCGAGUUGGGAGUGGAGGGAUCUCCUGAGGCGGAUGCUCAAAACGCAAAAAGUAUGA